UUCUGCUGCUGCUUACGUCAUUCAAUGAAGGAAACUCAGUCGCAGCUGUGAAGUGUCAAAGUGGAGAAAUGGUAUUCCCCGAAUAGUGAAGUGAGGAAUUAGUGAAACUAUGAUGAGAUAAGCGUCGUUAACACAAAAAACCGUUCAAAAUGGAGAUGAUGGAGGGAGGAGAGACGGUGUACAAUUCCCACGAUGACUCCCACAUCGUCAUGUCGGAGAAAGUGCAGUCCUUAGCGGGUUCGAUUUACCAAGAGUUCGAACGGAUGAUCGGGAAGUACGACGAGGAUGUCGUCAAAGAUUUAAUGCCCCUGGUCGUCAACAUUCUCGAGUGUCUGGAUCUCGCUUACACGGAAAAUCAGGAACACGAGGUAGAAGUAGAGUUGCUCCGUGAGGAUAACGAGCAACUUGUAACGCAAUAUGAACGAGAAAAGCAGCUCAGGAAAUCAUCUGAGCAGAGAUUGCUUGAGGUGGAAGAUGGCAUGGAAGAGGAGCGUAAACAGUGUCAAGCAAAGGUGGAAAGCCUUGAAUCAAUUGUACGCAUGUUCGAGCUUAAAAACAGAAAUGCAUCCGAUCAUGCGAAUCGCAUGGAGGACAAGGCUGAGGAGCUCAAAAAAGAGUACGCAAAGCUUCAUGAACGAUACACAGAGCUCUUCAAAACCCACAUGGACUAUAUGGAGAGGACAAAAAUAAUAAUGGGAACAGACCGUCUAGAUCAGAUGGGUGGGUCGAGAGGCCGAUUACCUGGUUUCACUUUAGGAAAUCUCAAUAGUUUAUCUUUCAGGUCGUCGGGACCGGUUUCUUUUGGCUUCAGUUCGCUGGAUCCUAAUAAGUCGUUGAGCUCACCUGUAGACAUGAGUGGGUCAAAUGGAACUUUGAAGAUUACAUCCAUCAAGAAUGAAUUACAAGAAGCACAAGUUGGACCAGAUACUCCAGUUGUUCAGACAGAUAAAGGACAGCUAACAGAUGCUAUUGAACAAGCUGAACGAGGAACAGCUACAAAAGGAGGAUGGGUUGACGGGUUUACUCCAGAAUCGGAAAUAAUGACGUCUCCUGAAAUUGAGGACCUGGAGGACAUAUCCAUGGACACAAGUAUAGGCCCUGAAGGAAGACCCCCUGGCAGGAUGAAGUCCACCACUACAAAACACAAAGAAGAGAGAACGGGCAAUACACUCUAUCAAGAACUCCAGUUCCAGGAGCCUGAUGCAUUAGCAGAGAUGGACGAGGGUACAGAAAUCACAGGUGGCUGGGUACAUCCAGGAGAAUAUGCAUCAUCUGACAGUGGGAGUGAGGAAGGUGGGGGCUCUCCCCCAUACUCGGUUACUGACAACUUCUUUGGAAUGGGCAAGGAAGUUGAAAACCUCAUCUCGGAAAAUAACGAAUUGUUGGCUACAAAGAAUGCGCUAAACAUUGUGAAAGAUGACCUUAUUGCCAAAGUAGAUGAAUUAACAAGCGAGCAAGAAAUUUUACGCGAAGAAAUCAAAUCUUUGAACGCAGUCAAGUCCAGAUUCAAGCUUCGUAUCACGGAACUGGAAGAUGAAAUCAAGAGGAUAAAGGAAGAGGCAGAGAAGAACACAAAAGCCAACAAAUCAGAUGACGAGGAGGACGUACCAAUGGCACAACGAAAAAGAUUCACCCGUGUUGAAAUGGCAAGAGUAUUGAUGGAGAGGAAUCAGUAUAAGGAACGUUUUAUGGAGCUACAAGAAGCUGUUCGCUGGACAGAGAUGAUCCGUGCUUCAAGAAAUGAUGAUAGUGAAGAGAAGAAAGGAAGGCAAACUAUAUGGAAAUUCUUCAGCAACCUCUUUAGCACCAGUGAAAAGCCACAAAGAAAGCCUUUGCCAUAUGGUGGUGGGGUCAGAUACAAUGCUCCAGGGCACCAGGUCACUCCAGCCUUAGACACUAUGCGCCGUAAGAAUCUUUCAGAUCACAGACGAAAAGGCCUAGAAUUCUUUGAUGCAGAAUUGGAUGACAGUCCAGAGGAUGUGAGUCGGGAACCAUCACCCCUUAGCUUCCUCUUCCCCUCCUCCAGUUCCUCGGAAAAGCUUCAACAGAGGCGAGCAACAGAAAGGAGAGAGCAGUACAAACAAGUACGUGCUCACGUUAAAAAAGAAGAUGGCAGGAUGCAUGCGUACGGGUGGAGUUUGCCUGUAAAGACAGGUCAGAAAGCCAUAGAAGGUCCCCAAGCACAACCAAAGAGCACUGCUUCUACUCAUGUGCCUGUUCCAGUACCUGUGUAUUGCCGCCCACUUAUGGAGAAAGAACCUGGAAUGAAGAUUUGGUGUGCAGCAGGUGUUAAUCUUACUGGAGGAAGAACUAAAGAUGGUGGUAGUAUUGUAGGUGCAAGUGUCUUUUAUUCUGGUGAUACUGAAAUUACGCAGCUCAAACCCGGAGAUGAUGUAGAACAAUUAGAUUUAGAGCUUCAGGAAAAUGAAAGAGAUAGAAAAGAUGGAGAACUUCUAGAACAAACACUCUCUUCAUUAGUAUGGAUAUGCACAUCUACACAUUCUAUCAGUAAAGUAACAGUUAUAGACGCCAAUAAUCCUGCAGAUAUUCUAGAAUCUUUUCAUGUUUGUUCCUCUCACCUUUUAUGUAUAGCUAGUGUUCCAGGUGCCAAGGAAACAGAUUACUCAUUAGAUGAAGUAGCCGACGAUCCUCCACAAAAUAAUAGUGAUACUCCUGAAGACCUCAGUGCCAACGAAACUAAAGAGAAAGAGGAGAAUGCAGCUUCUGUUGGUACCCUCUCUUUCAUAAGUUGUGCAGCAGGGAGUGACACAGGAGCAGCGGAGUCUCCACCGGAAAAGGAGCCAGAAGAAAUUAAGCCUGUCCUGCGAAAAGAAACUAUCACCUGUACAGAUCCAGGACAAGAUGCAGACAGGGCUGAAGUGAUGGAUAACUCGGGUGAAGAAGAAGUUCCACCUAGAAGAUUGCUCAAGGACCCAGAGGGUGUGGUUAAAGAUGGAGUGGAAGAAGCUCAGCCAACGGAAGACACUAGUGUAGUUCAUGAAGAAGUUGAAAAGAUGUCAUCUGUAUUAGCAACUAUGUGGCUCGGAUCACAGAGUGGAUCAAUUUAUGUGCAUUCAGCUGUCCGUCAGUGGAAGCGCUCGUUACACUCUAUCAAGCUCAAGGAUUCUGUGUUAUCAAUUGUACACCUCAAAGGUCGCGUUUUAGCGGCUCUUGCAGAUGGGACUGUUGCUAUUUUCCAUCGGCAAGGUGAUGGCCAAUGGGACUUAACUAAUUAUCACUUACUAGAUCUUGGGAAACCACAUCAUUCCAUCCGCUGCAUGCAUGUUGUGCACAACAAAGUUUGGUGUGGAUACCGUAACAAGAUUCACGUGGUAGAUCCUAAAAUAAUGAACGUAGAAAAAUCAUUUGAUGCCCAUCCACGAAAAGAGUCACAAGUAAGGCAAAUGGCGUGGAUUGGCGAUGGGGUUUGGGUUAGCAUCCGUUUAGAUUCUACGCUACGUUUAUAUCAUGCGCACACUUAUCAACAUUUGCAAGAUGUGGAUAUAGAACCAUACGUAUCAAAAAUGCUAGGUGUCUUCCCUGGAGUGCCUGUUCCAGGUACUGGAAAGCUUGGUUUCUCAUUUGUAAGGAUAACUGCGUUGCUCAUCUCUUCAAAUCGAUUAUGGAUUGGAACUGGCAACGGCGUUAUUAUUUCUGUGCCUCUCUCUGAAAAUGCUAAUCCUCGUCCAGCAGCAAGCAGCGCAAACAGUGAAUCUGGGACUGUUGCGGGAAGUUCAAGAUCAAGUGGAAAUGUUGGGCCCUUGAAUUCAGGGAGUGGAGGGCCUGCCAGAAUGCCGGGUGCUGUUGUUAGAGUAUAUGCCGACACCAAAGACCAAGUCACACCAGGGUCUUUUGUUCCUUAUUGCUCGAUGGCUCAGGCACAACUCUCUUUCCAUGGUCACAGAGAUGCUGUCAAAUUCUUUGUUGCAGUGCCAGGCUUAGGUGGGUAUAAUACCCUUACAGCUGCACCAACAACAGCCUCAUUGCCAGCCAUAACGGAUAAGGACCUAGAAACUGAGGAAACUGAGAAGAAGCCAAAGAGCAUGUUGGUAAUUUCUGGUGGUGAGGGAUACAUCGACUUCAGAAUUGCCGACGAGCGUGAAGAGGACCGCGAUACCGCUAGUCACCUCCUGGUGUGGCACAUUCCUGUGGAAGACAACCUAUCCCAACUCAAUGCCCAACCCUAUAGUUCCCUUCCAGCCAACCCCUCCUCAGCAACCACCAAUGGCCACUCGUAGCAGCGCCAACAUCACCAUCUGGACAGCUUCAGCCUCAGCCAGUCAAGGGUGAGGGUGAGGAAGAUGGAGCAACAGAGACAUCUACAGAAUCUUUGAGCAGAGGCGAUAGGUCUCACCUCAUUGUUUGGUCUGUAGCUCGUCCCCCAUCUGCUAAUCCCUCAUAGACUGUAAGUAAUGCCUUUGGGAGAAAAAAUGUAUGCCUCCAGAGAAUUUAAGAGUAUUUUUUGUUAAUUUUACCACAAAAUUGGUGAAACUCAAAAAUCAAGUAAGAUCAGUGGUUAAACAUGUGAGAAAUUACUUUUAUUCCCGGGAAAAGUAUUGCAUCUCAUGCAGUUAAUUUUUGUAUCAACCAUUAUCUAAUAUGCAAGUAUGGAAAAAGUGUGGAAGUUUUAACAGAAAGUUGGAUAUAAAUGGUGGUUUCUUUUAUGUGAAGUUUCACAUAGUUAAAAUUCUGUUAGACUUCUUAGAAAUAUUGGGUAUUUAUGAAGAUCAGAUUACCACUUACUAAUGCAUUUGAUGUAGAAAUCAAAUUACUGAAAUUUUGAAGGUAUGUUUUGGUAUCUGGCUCUUGACAUCAAGCUAUCAGGUAGUUACACAUUUUCCUAUUCGUAGCACAACAGCAGUUUCAUUAUGGAGCUGUAAGUUAGGGAAUAUAAUGUAGUUUCAUAUAUAGAUUAUUUAUUUUUACUAAUUUCAAUUAAUGCGCUUCACCCAAAGCUGAUGAAGUAUAUAGGCUUUACGAGAAAUUGUUCAGUUUGAGUUGAUCUCUUAUCUAGUCCUUUUGUGUACAAUGAGUACAUAAACUGUACUCUUUUAUGUACAUGCUUUAGCACAGAGAGAAGCUCAGCCACAAGAUUCAAGUUCUUUUGCCAGUAAAUACGGUACUUUGUUAUUCAAAUAAAAAAGUCCUCACUUAAAAGGAAAGGCACUGAAUGAUUGAAUUAUUUUCCAGAUUAUUUGUGCAUAUGUACUGUACUUCAUCUUUUUCCUGAUGUGUUCUCUAAGCAAUAUUACUGAUAACGCAUUCUCACAUGCUAUUUAUACAGUUUGAGUUUUCAUGCUUUGUACUCAACAUUAGUUUUUGAGUUGUAUAUUACCUUGAACUAUGAUUCAUAGUUUUCCUCAUCCAGUAUAAUUGUUUUAGGAUACACUUACUCUUUUGCAAGCAUUCUUAUUUAUGCAAUGCUUAAAUGAUGCUUACCUGUAUAGUGAUGGUCAUGUUAAAAGUAAUUGGUAUAUUGUAUGAAAAGUACUAAAAAUGAGAUACGAGUUUCACUGUGCUUACAUGUGAAAAGCUUCAUUGCCUUUAGCGUCAACACGUUUUCUAUACGUGAUUGGCAAAAAUAUGAAACUUGCAAAAAAGAUUAAAUUUCCUCACAACAGACAAAAUAAGAACAAAUGUUUUGUUUCCCAGAUACUGUAAAUUAUUGAAUUAGUACAAUUUUUUAAACUGCAAUUUAUUUAUUGGAAGAGAGUACAGAAACCCAAGUUACGCCUACAUUUAGUGAAGUAUGUACUUUUCUUGCAUGUCCACAAAAAUGGCUUUUAGUGUAAAACACACAACAGCACUGCUCCUGUUACAUUGUUAGCAACAAAUAAGUUGCAGAAUGAUAUACGUACUUUGGGAUGCAGGUCAUAUAAAUUCUGGGGCUACACUAUUCAUGAUACAUGGUGCUGCUUAGUUGCCCUCUGUUAUGUACUGUAUACAUGUAUUUGUGUGUGUGUGUGUGUGUAGUGAGUGCAUAUGUAAAUGUACUGUAUGUUUAAUAUCUGAUCAAGGUAUACUUUUUUUCAAAUUUUAAUUUUGUGUGAAGCUUCCAGCUCCUAAAAAAUUAUAGUAUUUUAUAGUCAUCACAUCUCCCAUUUCCAUUGAUAACAUUCUUUACAUUUAUUCUGUGUGACAAAGUCAGUGACAGUGACAGCACAAGUUUAUCUAGUAGCCCUGUUAUGCAUGGUGGUCCUAUAUAUGGAUACUGUAUAUACAUACAGUACAUGUAUAUCCAAGAAGUGAAAAUACAGUAUCUUCAGGUAACUAGCCUGUUGAGUUUUGCAUACAUUGUCAACAUUUAUCAGCCUCUCGAUGCCAAGAUGACUUUUAAAGUCUGUUUUUGUUACUCUUUUUAAUAAUUUAUUGAGAAAUAUGAAAUUUCAUUCUUUUUAUUUAUUUUACUAACACUGUAAAAAGAUAUUGGUAUAUGUAAAAAAUAAAAAUAUACAGUCAGCUCUAUAUUCGGUGAGGAUUUGUGUAUGCAUAUCUGAAAAUGUCUUUCAAAUAUUUAGAAAAAAUUUCAUGAGCUUCCAAGAUGCAAAACAUAGCAUAGAUUUGCCAUGCACAGGAAAACAUAACAAUAGAUUUGCCAUGCACCAAGCAUAGAGGAAUCCAAAUAAUAGGACAAAAACGUGUCUUGGAAAUAUUCAGAAAAAAUUUUAUGGAUUUCCUUAAAUAAACAAGUAGGUUAGUUUAAUACAUAAAAACAAGAGGAUUGCUUGCACUUUCAUUACUACCUUAAAAUAGAUUUACAUAGCAAUUGCUUAAAACUGAAGCUACAGGUUCUUACUGAGGAACAUUGUUGAAUUCAUUGUAAUUUAAGGGUGAAUGCCAUGCUUAUUGCAGCUCAGAAAGAUGUUAAUUUUUAUGUUUAUAGUUUCUCACACUGGUCAUUACUUGAAAGCAAUUUAUAUUUUCUGUACUGUACUAUUCUGUGUUUACUGCAUAGAUUAGGUAAACCUAGGCUAGGUAAACACAGGCAGAUAACCUGCAAGAGGAAAAAUACUUUAUUUUAUAUCAGGGAUAUGAAUUUGUGCACAUUUUAGGGUAACUCUUCAUGACAUGGACCAGUCCUCUCUCAAGGGCUGACUGUAUUGAUUAACUUUUCAGUCCUGUUUUUUUGUCACUUGACUUCUACAUGCUGUAACUCGCAUUGUAUCUUCAAUUAAUUCAUUUUCUAAUACUCGAGUCAAGUUCAAAUCAAAUCAUCAGACUACUUACACCUCCUCGGGUGCUGCAGAUUCAAGAUUGUAGCUGCAUGUUGUCAUGUUGAUUUUAUUUUUGAGUGAUGAUUACAGGCUUGAAACUAUUUUCAAAAGAUAAUAACAUUACUCCAUUAAAAGAUUAACACUUUAAUGGGCUAAGUUUAUUGAAAGAUGCUGUAAUUACAUCAAUAUUGUUUGGAAACAUACAUUGUCGUCAGGGUAAUUGCCACAAGGGCUUAUUAAAUAUAGUUUCAGUUACUCUAAUUUUGUACUUUCAGUAAAAAAAAAUCAAUUUGUAACCUGCUAAGGUUGUCAUUGUCACAUGAAAUUAUUAUCCUGUGUAUGUGUGUGUAGUUUUUCAUAACAAGGCAACAGUGAUCUCAAAUCUUUAAAUUAUUCUCCCGCUUAUGGUCUUUUUAGUUGUAGGGGACAUUUAAUUUAAAUAUCACAUAACUUUAUUAUUGGCAGUUUGUGAAUUUGGUUUGAGAUGUAUUUAAAAUUAUUCAUGUAGCAAAUUCAUUUUUGUUAAUAGUACAGUAUUUUUGGGCUGUAGUACUAAAGAUUACAGAAUAAAAUGGGCCAGUGCAGUUACCUUGCGCUUCAGUAAUAUUUUAAUAUUACAAGGAAUUUUAAUAUUACAAGGAAUACUUUACUUCUUGAAGCAAUGUUUUUUAAACUAGAGUGAAUUUUAUUUUCCCUGUCGGAAUUCACUACCAGAAGAAGAUUUGCCUUCAAACUUACAGCUUCAUUGUGGAUAUGAUAAUGCUCUCUAGAAAGUACUUAAUUCUUAAUGGUAUAAAAUGUAUACUUUCAUUACUUCUACACUUUCAGUUCACACCUUCCCAGGGAAGAGCAUUGAUUUAGUUUUAAAAGAGCCACAUUAGCAUCAGUGCCCCACAGGCAUGAGGGACAUUCCUCACCACCAUAGUUAAUGUUAGAAAUCAAAACUCUUCCUGGUGUUCAUUCGACCUUUAACACGCAGCUUUGUAUGAAUUCAAGAGGCUGAAGCUGGGCAAUCAUCAGGCAUCAGGGCUUCUUAAUAUAGGACUAAAAUGUUAAGUUUUAUUAAAUAGGUUUAUCCUUUUAACUGGGCCAUUUUGUAAGAUGUUUAAUUUUGAAAAAAGGUAACAUCUAGUGUUAUGAGGCCGUGAUAAAGCUAGCUACAAAAGAGCUGUGUUUGUAGAUUUUAGAGAUUCCCUCUCCAAUUUCUAACUGAUUCUAGUCUCCUCUGAUAUGAGUGUAAUCUUAUUGAAGAAAGACUGUAAUGAGAAACUCCUUGUUGUUAAUUUGUAAUAUAUUUUUUAUACAACUUUCUUCAACUUAAACUACUCAUGUACCAUCACAAGAGAAAUAUUUAUAUAAAGUAUAUAUAGUACCAAAGCUCUAUUGUUUCAGUAAGUUGGUUAUGUAUAGAAUGUAAUUAUGUAUUUGAGGAAAGUAAAAGUUGAGAGUUCCAUAUUGGAACUGUGUGGUUAUUUUAUAAUGAGAGGAUUACUUCUAUUUGUGUUCAUAAAUUACAAGUUGAUGUGGCUAAUCUGUAAAUUUUAUUCAGCUGAUGAAACACCAUGGCACAAGUUCUUUAAAUAGUUUGCUAAACAGACCAAAAAAGUGUCUUCGCAAAUAAGAAAAUUUUACGUUUUCCAGAUUUUGUAUACUAAGCCAAUUUUUUUAUUUAGCUGGUAUACUGAAAGAUACAGUUGUACAGGUAUGGUAUCUUGUAGGGUUGUAAUUUAUUUAUGUAUGUAUUGUUAUAUUAUAUCACAGUGAAGAUUAAUGUCAACCUGUCUUGUGAAUACAGCUUGAUGCACAGUAAACAGUAACCAAACUUUAAUAA